AUGCACAAUCCUACUGUCUUUCGCAACAUCGUGAAGGGCCAAGCUAUGAGACUGUCUAGGCUUUCUUGUGAAGAUGAGCAAUACCUCACUGAGUUAAAAGAAUUUAAAUCAGCUUUGAUAAAUAGAGGUUAUGAUCAUGAUGAAAUAGACAGAACUUACUAUGAUGUCAAUAUGUUAAGGACAAACAGGGCUUCACCAUAUUUUUCGAACAGGAAUAUUCAUGUACAUCCAAAUCAAUCUCGUAUUAGUAAACAGAAUGUUAAUACAUCUUUUAUUGUUCCUUUUUCUAACAACUUUGCAGCGCCACUACAUCUACACAACAAGUUUUGUAUUUUUGGAUAUGUAAUAUUGUUUCACAGAGUUGUGGAAAAUCAGAGGAGGCGAUCACACACUCGUGUGAAAUGCAAGAUAACUGUAGGAGAAAAAUGUGAAAGUGGACAGUUUACAGAAAGUGGUGAAUGUUGUAUACUUUGUCAUCCAGGCACUGGGUUAAUGGCACCAUGUGGACAGUCCAACACCGUGUGUGAGCCUUGUGUAUAUGGGAAGACCUUUUCAGAUGAAAGCAGUCUACAUGCAACUUGUAAACCAUGCAGCACUUGUCCAGAAAACAGUGUCGUGAUGGCUAACUGCACUUUUAAAAUGAACACUGUGUGCGAGUGCCAAGAGGGGUACUACAGUCAUACAGAGGAUGGGAUCACAAAGUGUGUUCAUUGCUUGAUUUGUCCCAUGGGUCAUCAAGUAAGCAAAAUGUGUAACAAGGAUGAGAACACAAAAUGUGAAAUUUGUCCUCCAGGAUUUUAUUCUGAGAAGGCCAGCAGGUCCAGUUCUUGUCAGCCCUGUAAUGUUUGUGAUGAAAGAACUGAAGUCAUGAUCAUGAACUGUACCAGGGCAUCGGACACGGUCUGCAUGGAUAAAAAUUCAAGCAUUCUACUACGCUCAAAGGAGGGAGGAUCCAAACAGAAUCCCAAGAUGGCCAUGCAAGAUGAAUCUGAUUCCAGCAUUUCUCCUACCUCUCUGGAAUUCAUACCUCAGGAUGAGAGUGGUAGUAUCAUUCCUGUCUACUGUUCCCUCCUGGCUGCGGUUGUAGUUGGACUGUUGGCCUAUGUUGCUUUCAAGUGUUGGAACACCUGCAAACAGAAGAGGCAGCUAGCCAAAGCCAGGGCUGGUGAGUUGGGCACUUCCCCAGAGGGUGAGAAACUCCACAGUGACAGUGGGGUCUUCCUUGAUACACACAGCCUACAGGAACAGCAGAACAAAAUACCCAAGAUGGAGCAGCUGCUGUACAUCAACCUUCCACCCCAUAAACAGGAAGAGCUGGAACAGAUGUUAGGAAGUGCCAGUGGUGGCAGAGACUGGAGGCGUUUAGCUAGCCUCCUGGGCUAUGACCAGGAGCGCAUCGACACAUUUGGUCGUGGGGAAGACCCUGUCCAUACUCUUCUGUUUGACUGGUCCACCCAGGAUGGGGCUUCCCUUCAGGGACUCUGCAAUGCUUUGGCAAAAAUAGAACGGAGUGAUAUUGUGGAGCACUUAAGAGGGGAAGUGGACAGCAGUUCUGUGGUGUGAAGCUGCAGUCAGAACAUUCAGAACUUGGGUCUGUCAUGACAGGCUUCAAGUUGAGAUCAGAGACACUGAAGUGCAGAAUGCAAUGUGAGAAACAAAACUGUGACUUGCCUUUUAAUUGGUUGGCUAAGAUGCACAUUGCAGAUAUCAAACGCCACAGAGUGGUGUGCCUUUUUUGCCUCGAGGAGCUUUAAAUGUCUGCCUACCUGCUGGAGUAGCACAUGUUAUAUUAACAAGGCCAGUCUUGUACUUGUGGCUUUAUCUGUCAUAUAUACAUACUGGAUUCUUAAAAUAACAUAUCUGUUUACAGAGACUUGAUUUUUGUUUUAGUUUGCAUCACCUCCUUUUAACUGCAUGUGUUUAACAGUGUAGUGUCCAUCACAUCCCACUCUCACUGAAAUUGUACAACACAGACGUCAUAUUAGUUUGCAGUAGUGACCUUGUUUUACUGGGAAUACAUCAUACAGAAUGUACGCUCUGACAAGUUCAACAACACACUACUCUGCACCUUUUUCUGCUGAAAUUUUUUGUGCGCUGAACAUUUCCAGCAGCUCCACAGUGACCAAAGAUAACUACUGUGAAUCUCUUCCAGUAAUUACAGUUGUGUCUUUCAGGAGUGUACAUGUGGGUACUCAUGGAUAUAUGUAUGAACACUAGGACUCUUGUCAGGGAAAGGGAAAUGUUUGAUUUGUUUAGGUCCGAAUGUUAUUAUGCCAUUGUCUUUGUGAAUUGCGUUCUUAAGCAUUUUGCUUAGGUUUGACUUCACAGAUCUGCCUGUUUUUGCUGGUUGUACUGAGCGGCUUUAAGUUCCACAGACAAAACUGAGCUGUGUGCUUAUAGGAUUUUGUGCUGACAAAAAAAGUUGCCUUCUGACUCCUGUGCUUUUCAGAGCUGUACAGUCCUACUGUUAGGGUGAACUUUGCAUAUAGUUUUUGUCUUGUUAAAUUCUCUAAAUCUUCUGUUUUAUUGUGCUGACUAAUCAUAUGACCUAUAUCUGUUAAACUCUGUAGCAGAGCAGCAGGUGUGUUACCUUCGUAUGUGGUUGGUAUGCUGACAGGAGAGUUGAACGUGUUGCAAAAGUCAGUCUCAUGGAGUGAGAAGAUGCUUGGUGUAGUAGCAAUUAUAGCAGUUCACACAGGUAUCAAGAAAGACAAGGCUAUUGACUUUUUUCUAGACACAUCUACUUUGUGUGUCAAGGUUGAGGGGAUAAUAAUCUUAUGUCUGCAUUUCUUACAUAUGACAGUUGGCUCAGAGGGUGGGACCUCGACUGGAGAACAUAAAAUCAGGAUUUAAUUACCAGUCCUGACUCCUGGGGAGUUGACUGAGGGGUAGGAAAUCACUAGUAUUUUGCCAGCUCACUUGUGAGGGAAGGUGAUCUGUCUGGCUUUAUAAACCUUAAUGAGGACUGAUUAUGGGGUUCCACACCCACCAAACAUGUUAGUAGUGCACUGACCGGCAUCUGCUGGAUUCAGCACAUGAUUUCAUAUGCAUGAAAGUGGGCUUAGAAGUAAGUUAUUUAAAAAAUAAUCCUUAGCAGCAGACUGAAUGUGCACUGAAAUAUAUUGAGCUCUGUGUUUCUGAAUGACUUGAGAAAAAAAAACUUAGAGACAGAGAUUGUGGACAGGCACCUGGAGCAGUUUACAGCCACCUGUCAUGGAUGCAAAAAAUUAAAAGAUGUGUUGAGAUUUUAAA